UUUUUUUUUUCUUAUAGUUGCUAUGAACGAUAAUCAAAACAAUGGAGAAGAAAUGACUUGGAAGUCUUUGAACGAUAUGAUCACACCAACUUAUUCUCCAUCGCCUUCACCCACGUCAACACCUUUAGGAGUAAAAAGAUCAAGGAUUAGUAGAGCUUGUGACAUAUGCCGAAGAAAGAAAACAAAAUGUGAUGCGACUGAGACAAGGAAAUGUAAGGCUUGUAUACAAUAUGGAUGGGAGUGCACUUUUAAUGAUACAACGAAAAAGAGAGGUCCUCCAAAAGGUUACAUUGAGAGUCUGGAGAAUAGACUUAAGAAAAUGGAAAAUUUAUUAGAACAAAUGCAACAUCAGGAUAAACCUGAAUCAACUGCAGAUGAACCAGAGGAACCACCUAGAAAGAGACGCGAGCCUUCUAUAGUAGAAUUACCAGCAUCUAUAGAACAUAGUAAAACUGCCAGCUACCUCGGCAGCUCAUCUGGAUAUUAUUUAGUGAGAGAUAUUCUAUCAACAGAUAAAGAAGUCAUUGAGAAAGUGGAUCAAUAUCCGAGGAUAUCUAGUGUCACCGGUGUAGAAAAUAAAGGCCCCGUCGCAUUCCGUAAAAUUAAUACAACAGAUGACGAUGUGAUGAUUGUAUGUGAUAAAACAUUAGCUGAACAUAUGGGACAAGUAGAAGCAGACAAAUCACGAAUCAACUCUGAUAUUGCGCCUAAAGAAUUACUAGAUGAACUUAUCUUAAAGUUUUUCGAAUUGAAUCAUGCCGUUUUGCCUGUAGUUGAUAAGCAGCCUUUUCUUGACGCUUAUUACGGCAGAAUCCAGCCUCCUCCAGCCACAGUAUUGAUGUACGCCAUUUGGGCACACACUUGCUCACUUUUAUCAAUAGACGAUCCUUUAUUUGUAAAGUACAAUGUCGAUCGAGAACAACUUUAUGAUGUACUUUGGGAGCACACUUCAAGUAUCUUGAGACUAGAAUACUUGACUCCAAGAUAUGCAACUAUUCAAGCAUUAGUGCUCAUUUGUACAUAUCCAACUACAUAUAAAACAUUUCACAGAAAUUGGAUAAGAGCAGGCAUGGCAGUUAGAAUGGCACAGGAACUUGGGUUACACAGAACCAUGGAAAAAUUACCACUGACAAAAGAAAUGACUGAGGCGCGUAAACGGCUGUGGUAUUGCGUUUAUAUCACAGAUAGGUGGUGCUGUGCUGUGUUAGGACGACCUUUAGCUAUUUCUGAUGCCGACUGUGACAUUGAAUUGCCUGAUAUCACGCAUAAUGGCAAUGACUAUACUGUUUUUGUAAACUUUGUCAAGCUUUCGGGCAUCUUGGGCGAGGUGUUAUCUCGUAUUUAUUCUCCUAAAGCAAAAUCUCACGGAAGCAAAAGCAUGCAGACGUAUCAUACAGUACAGAGUAUACAUUUCAUGUUGAAUGACUGGCUACAGCAACUACCUAACCAUUUACGGAUUGAGUUGCAAGAUAUGAAUACAGCCUUAAACCACGGCAAUAUAAAAUUUGAAGAGGCCGGCCCUUUGAUGAUUUGCUAUCACUUUGUCCUCAUCUUACUCUAUCGUAUUUUCUUGGUGGCAAACAGGAGCGAAGUAUUACCUGAGCUAUUUGACAGGGCAAACGAGUGUUGUACUACAGCUGCAAAAAGUAUAGUUGACAUCGCGAGAAGACUAUCUGCCUCUGCUGUUGUUUGUUUCGGUGUUAACUUUGCCGGUUAUGCCAUAUUCCAAGCUAGUCUUAUACAUGUAUAUAACUCAACUAGUUCAAACCCUGAAGUUGCAAGAGCAGCAAAAGCUUAUGUGAAUAUUAGUAUAGAAGAAUGUAUUAAGCCCCUCGCAAAGACUGUACACUGUAUCCCGAAGACUAGUUUGGGAUUAAUACAGGCACUGAUGGAACUUACUGGGGCAAACAAAGACGGGCCAAAGUCAGCAAACGAUGUAUCAAACGACAUUGCUAACAACACCACUACUACACCGUCCACUUUUCGCCCAUCUCCACCUAAACCGCAACCAUCACCCAUGAGUAUGCACGCAAUUGUAUCAGAUUGGGAAAGUAAUACAGGUUCAAAUAGUACGUACAAUAACGGAGGAUUACCAGCAAUGCAGGCACCGGAGCCAUUUAAUAAUAACAACUCAACAGCAGCAUGGCAAUCUCUAUUUGCAUCAGCAGGAGCACCAUUUUUCGAAAAUGAGAGUGAUUGGCAAGUGAUGUUGUCUUCUUUAUUUGAUGAAAAUCAAAUGAAAGCGAUCAAUAAUUCUUUUAUUUAAACAAGACUAAAUGUCUUUUUUUUUUUUAAUCAAGUGUAAAAUCUACCAAAGUAUGCUUUCUGCUUAAAGAAAGCAAAAUAGUGUUCUUUUCAGAGUUUAUUUUGUCAUCUUUGGCAUUAAAAGCGUCCAAGUUCAGCCUCAGAUUGUCCAAAAUACUUUUGUAACACUAUAAAACACAUUACUGCUUUACUCUAUUUUUUUUUUUUCUUUUUCUUUC